AUGUCUGCGAACUUCAAGAUUAUCAUCGUCGGGGGCGGAAUUGCCGGGCUAUCUGCUGCCAUCGCUUUGAGGAAGGAUGAUCGUGAGAUCCUUGUGCUUGAACAGUCCUCUCUCAUUCGAGAAAUCGGCGCAACGAUAUCCCUUCAGCCAAAUGCGUCCAAGAUUAUCGAGUCUGUAUGGGACCUUGCAGGAGACUUGAAAAAACGUGGUUCAAUGGUCGAUGAGGGAUUCCAAGUUUACGCGCUGGACGGCAAAAUGCAAAUUCGUAUACCCCUGUCUACCAUGGAAAAGUAUGGGGGCGAACGAAUGCUGUACCAUCGCAUGGAUCUACAUGAUGUCCUAAAGCAGCGGGCCACGGCUCAAGGACAUCCAGGCAACCCAGCGGAGCUUAGAGCAAGCAGUCGAGUCGCCAGAGUUGAUUGUGAUGGCGGUGUUGUCGAACUUGAGAGUGGGGAAGUGCUCAAAGCAGAUUUGGUGGUUGGAGCAGAUGGAAUCAAAAGCGUUGUCCGGGACGCAGUUGUCGGUAAACACGUUGAAGCGCUGCCCACGGGAUUUUCGGCAUAUCGAAUCAUGAUUUCGGUGGAAGAACUUUCGCAACAGAGAGCCUUUAGCCAGAUCAUCGAUCCAAGAAAACCCUACACCACUAUGGUCCUUGGCCCUGAUCGGCGGAUGAUCAUGGGCCCAGCUCGUAAUGGCUCGGUGUAUAGCAUAGUUGCCAUGGUGCCCGACGAACAGAUGGUCGAGUCGUCCUCGAACUCUAGUUGGGUGACACGAGGAGAUCUAAACAAACUGCUAGAGACCUUUGCCGACUUUCCCGACUGGGCCAAAGAACCUCUGCAGCUGGCCAAAGAGACUGGUUUGUGGCAGCUUCGAGACAUCGAUCCACUUCCUACAUGGUACAAAGGAAGGACAAUCUUGAUUGGAGAUGCCGCUCACGCAAUGUUGCCUACGCAGGGUCAAGGUGCCAGUCAAGCAGUCGAGGAUGCAGAAGCACUGGGAGCCUUCUUUACCGACCUUGAGGACUCUACAUUGCCAGCAGUACGGAGCAUCAACAGUACUAUAUUUGAAUGUCGGCGUGACCGAGCAACGACCAUCCAGCUUUACAGUCGCCAAAUGGCCAGACCAGCAACGGACGAGGCAGGCUUGACGAUCAAGAUGAAUCCUUCUGAGUUCAUGGACUACAAUUGCUCUUACACUGGCGCACGGGAUUGGUACUUGAGACAACACUCACAGAGCCCUUCACUCAUGUCCGCAUGA